AUGAAGUCAUGAAGUUGUCAAAUUUAAUAAACUAAUGGAAUUCAAUUUACGAAGUUGUUUGUUGUUUGUUUAUCGAGAUUACAGUAAUACAUUAUCACACACUGUUAAUGCCAGGGAUUAUUAACUACGUACGUGAUAACGACAAUUAGGUAGAAGAUGGCGGAAUCGGUCACAUUACAGGAGCAACAGGAGGGCACCUCAUCAUCGACUGUCACUUUAGUGGAAACUGAAACUACGGAUCACGAACAGGAAGUACCGAGAGUAACUCUUAAAUUGAGAAAACCUAAGAACGAUAGGAAAGUUCAAUGGAGCACAGAAACCGUAGAUAAUGAAAAUUUAAAUAAGAAGAAAUCAAAAUGUUGUUGUAUAUACGAAAAACCAAAAAAAUUCGGCGAAAGUUCGGACGACGAAGACGAUGAUGACGAUAGGGAUGAAUGCGACCAUUGUCACGGGCACGUGGAAAAGAGAAAGAAAAAACCACCAGCCAGUAAAGGCGACACCGGCUGUCCUCCAUGCGAAGAUAGAUGCUAUCAUCAUUAACAUAUUCGGUAAUUUUGUUCGUUUUAGCCAGAAAAGUUUCAAUUUUUUGUCUCCUGGAAUAAUUCUAAAAUCGACCAGGUCCAGUCAAAACGAAGUGAAGAUUUUCUUUCAACGGAUUCACAACGAAGUUACCGAUUAUUUCAGACUUAUUAAGCCAGCUUUCGCUUUGACACGAUACUGACGAUUUGGCACCCUUUGGAACCAUUUGAAAUUUAUCUACUGUAAUUUUUAAUAAGCUCUACUUAAAAUGGUAAACUAGGACCUUUUUACUAUCGUAUAUGUGUUACUAAAACAUAUGUUAAGAAACAUAUUCCAUUUGUGACCAAUAGGGGUUUAAUCAAAACUUAGUAAUAUUUUAAAAAUGUGAUCUUAUUUUAUAAAACGUAAUUUA